GAUAGAUACCAGGAUAAUAGUCAUUUUGGAGCUUAUGGCCGGAACCGAGCGACGCGAGCUCAAUGUGCGCGAGUUACUGGAGCUGGAGCGCCAGAUCUACCAGGAGAGCAUCGACCGUGUGCUACAGCAGCAAGAGAAGCUAAAUACUGGCGUGCUGGAGGACUUUAUGCGGCGCUGUAGACCUUUUGAGGAGGACCGCGAGCGCGAGCUGCAGGUGGCACAAAGCCAGCUCCAGUUCUCCCAGCGAGACGCGCUCAGUCUCUUUGAGUUCGAUCUGCAACAGGCCAAGGACGUAUUCCGAUCGCAGAGAGAGCAACUUAAGCGCAAGUUGCUGGAGACCACAAGACGGAAACGAACGAAGAUCGAGAAGCGACUUAAGGCGCUGGACGGCACGCCAUUAACCAAGAGCAACGUAAAGGUGCAAACAACAGAAGAAAUUAAUCCUAGAAUGGCGCGAAAGAAGGGGAGAUUGCAGCCUAAGUUGCUGGAGAAGCAACUCCGAAAGGCUCAGAAGAGGACGAUGAGGGAUUUUAACUUCCGACACUUAUCGGACGGAGUGCUGCCAACUCCUGAAAGGAUCGUGCACGACGUAAUGGACGAGUGUGAGAAGUUGCAACGCAAUCGUGAACUCCAAGAGAGGGAGAGAAUGACGGUGGAAGAAGGUGGGAAUCUCAAUGUGCAAGUGGAUGUCGUUGAAGACGGACAGAAACUACACUGUCGGAUGGAGGAUGGCGAAUUGAUGGAGGAAACUUUUAGUGUAGGAGACGCAGUGGUGUUGGAAUCCCGAUUGUCUGAAGAGGAUUUUCAUGGAUUCGUGUCAGCUAUUACUAGUGACGAGGUGAAAAUAGUGCUGGUGUGUGGAACCCAUGCUCGCGUGGCGAUUGCUCGACUACGCAGUGGCCAGUGUAUACUACACAAGCAACCAGAAAACAUCAUACCAACCGACAAGAGACAGAAUGGCCAGGACAACAUUCAUGUGAAAAUAUCCACUACUGGUGUAGCUACCAACCUGGACGAAUUAUUGCGAGAUCCGCCCGAUGUGCGGCGUCGUGCCGCUACAGUUUUAAGCCGACUCAAGAGGAAGACAACGAUCGAUAUCCGACGUGGUUUCUAAUACGAUAUUCAAGAUUCCAAAAUUACAGAAGUGCAGUGAACGCAUGUGAGUUUCUUUUAGGAACCGGUUAACAAGAUACUACAUAGUAAAGCACAUGGAUCGACAUCCAGUAACCCAUUCAAGUAGCUACGUAUAGCUGGGAGAAGUCUGGUAGCUCAAGAAAUAUAAUCAGUUUGGUUGCACUCACACCACAACCAGUAUCUCCAUCCCCACGUGCAUGAAUGAUUUUUAUCUCUUGAGUGCUACCAAUAAAGAUGAUCACACGUGAAGCUGCAUCCUCUUCCGCUAAGGCAUCAACGUCGUCGAAGUAGCUUUGUUCCAGCAAGCCUAGAAUGAUAAUAUGAACGAUGCUGUCUCGUGGAGUCCGUCG